UGUUCAACAUCUACUAUAUAAACCAUUAUCUACGUCCCAGCUCAUAAUUGUGGAUAGAAUUAUGCAUUUCUUAAAUAACCUCAACUACCAUCACUCAGGCAGGAAGUGUCCAAGAAGAUGUCCCUGAUUGCGUGAAAUGAUUUGGUUCGGAGAUGGUCAGUUCAACAUUUGCAAACAUAUCUAACAAAUAAAAUAAAAAUCACAUUUGGUCAAUUACAUCUGCAAAUAAUGAACCAGAGUUUCCAGGCAAAUCCAGCAACAGAGACACUAAUAUAUCUAAAAGUAUGAUCUCCACUAUAUAAGAACCAAAGCCAUGGCCUAGAGGGAUUCAAAAAUCUCCAUUUUUUACUCAUUAUCAACACUAGUAUUGGUAGCAGCAAUGUAUCCAAACAACUCCAUUAAUGCCCCCACUUCCAAAUCGGCUGUGCCAGUGCCAGUGCCAGUGCCAGCGCCGGCUCCAGCUCCAAAUCAGGUCCCAGAAGGACAGUGGUCUACAGGCCUCUGGGAUUGUUCGGAAGAUCCCUCUAACUGUUUCAUCACCUGCUUCUGCCCAUGCAUCACACUGGGGCGGGUCGCGGAGAUUAUCGAUAGAGGGACUCCAUCGUGCAGGGUGUCUGGCCUAAUCUACUACGCGCUUGGCGCGGUUGGUUGUGGAUGGCUCUUUGCUGGUACCUACAGGUCCAAAUUGCGGGCAAUGUUUUCACUGCCAGAGGCUCCAUGUGGGGAUUUGCUGGUUCAUUGCUGCUGCUGUGUAUGUGCUCUUUGUCAAGAGUACAGAGAACUCAAGAACCGAGGUGCUGAUCCCUCAAUAGGUUGGCAAGCCAAUGUGGAAAAGUGGGAUGGGGCUGGAAUCAAGGUGCCCCCAAUUGCUGCACCAGGCAUGGCUCGUUGAGCAUCUGCCGAGCCCGUGCUGAGCAUAAGUGGAAUCAGGAUUCAAUAAGUGGGGCUCUCACAUGUUUGUUUUCUUUGUAUCAUUUGUCCAUGCAUGCCUCUCUCUCUCAUACGGGGCUUGUACUCAUUGUAAAUUGUAUUUCCAUUUUAUUUAUGAAGACAAUGAAAUGAAAACAAGCAAAGAUAUAUUAAACAUUA